AUGGCCUCGCCGUUGACGCCAGCAAGCGCGACAAACCUGAAUCGCUCGCCCGCCGCCCCUGCCACGGUGACGAGGUACGACGACUACGAAUUUGUAAAGGCAUACCCCCGAGAGCCGGUCGAAAUGGCCGCCGAGGACUCGACGCAGAACUCGUCACCGUUUGUCUCGGCCGUUGACGAGACGGGCGCGCCGGGACAGGAGAACGUCUCCCCGUCCAAGGCGGCCGACGCGCGACGCAGCCGCAUCAUUUCCGGCACUGAACUCUCCCCACUCAAGAUCCUCUCGUCUUCCGACCAAAAGCGCAGCUCCUCGCCCUCCUCAGGCUCAGAGGGGGAGAAGCGUCGGCGCCGAAGCAGCAGCCCGCGGAAGAUGUCGCCGGACAAACGAUUCCCUGUUAGGGUCAGCGGGCCGGAGGAGACACCAAGGGUCGGCAGGACGCACGAGCGGACGAUUAGCCUCGAAGACGCGGUAAUGCAAAACGAGGGUUUGAAGCAUGCGAUUGAGAUCUUUGAGGACGAACAGAGCACCUUGGAGGAGGAUGGAGAGGAGGCCGCGGUGGCCGACGAGACCGCCGCGCCAGACGACACCAUGGUCAGCACGUUUAGCACCUUUUCGGCCGUGCCGAACAUGACCAUGUUUGCGAAGCUGGGACAGAGCCCGACAAAAUUCUCUGGCCUCGGUGGUAUGACACCGCGAGCAAGACCCGAUCUGUCCGCCGCACGAGGAACGCGCCAACCCUCCCAUGACGAUUCCGGAAACACGACAAAUCUCUUGAUGGACUUUACCGAACAGAUGAGGUUCCCGCAACGAUCACCCGCCAAGCGCGGCAACAAUCCAUCACCGUCCCGUCUCGCCGCGAACCUGGCUUCCACCCCAAGCCGCCCGCUCGGCAACCUCAUCGACUUUGACAUCCCACCCAUGCCGACACCCCGGAGCGUGCCGUCCAUUACGCCGCGCGAGCUCGAGUCCCUCAAGUCCGGGUUCCUGUCGGAGAUUUGCUCCCUCAAGGCGUCCCUGAGCGGCAAGGAGGCCGAGGUGCAGUCCCUCAAGGCUGCGGUCGGCGACGCGGAGAAGCGCGUCGGCGAGUCCAUGGAGCAGCUGCGCGAGGAGCGCGCCCUGAAGGAGCACCUCACGGCGGAGAAGGAGGACUGGGAGAAGCGCGGCCGCGAGAUGGAGAGCGUCCUCCGCAAGGUCCGGGAGGAGAUUGUGCACGGCCAGCAGGAGAGGGACGAGCUCGAGCAGAAACUCGACGAGAGUGAGAAGCGCAGAGAGGCUGCGGAGAUGCUACAUCAAGAGGCGGAGAGCAAGAUGGCGGGAAUGCGUGCCGGCAAGGAUUCCGACAAGGGCAACUCGUCGCCCGAGAAGGCAGCAGCCGCGUCUCCGGCCUCCAACAACAACAAGGAGGUCGAAAUCGCCGUCGAGCGCGUCGCCCGCGAGCUCCACGCCCUGUACAAGAGCAAGCACGAGACCAAGGUGGCGGCGCUCAAGAAGUCGUACGAGUCACGCUGGGAGAAGAAGGUCCGUGAGCUCGAGUCGCGGCUCGAGGAGCUGGCGGACGAGAACGACCGCCUGCGCAUCGGCCGUGAUGCCACCAUGACCAAGGUGGAGGCGUCCGAGGUGGAGGAGCGCAAGGUCCAGGCCGUCCGCGACAGCGCCGCCAUUAAGGAGCUCAACGCGGACGUGCAGCGCCUCGAGGCUGUCGUCGAUACGGUCAAGAAGGACAACGAGCAGCUGAGGGGCAUGCUCGAGAAGGAGCGCGUCGAAAAGGGCGAGCUCGUGCAGCUGGCGGAGGAGAUGAUGAGCAUGCAGAGCUUCGUCGCGCAGCCGAAGCAACAACAACUGCAGCAGCAGCAGCAGCAGCAGCAGCAGCAGCAGCACCCGCCGUCUCAACAACAGCAAGUCCCCGUGCAGAACCCUAUCCAGCGCGACGGAAUGCACCAGGCGCAGGCGCAGGCCCAGCGACAGCCGGAGCAGGCCAAGACGCCGCGCGCGUCGGUCGGUCGCGGCUCCGGACUCCGCGCCCCCGGCACGGGACUGAGGGCACCGCACGAGCGGAACAAGAGCGGAGGCGGCAGCGGCAUUGGCGGUGGCCUCCCGCGACCGGGUGGCGUGCCGAGGAGCGGCAUCAUGAGCUCCAUUGAGAAGAUGGGCAACUACCGCGGACGCACCGAGUAG